AUGUGGAUAUCUGAAGAUCAACGCAAGUUACUAGAUUGGCCCAAAUGCUUUCAUAUCAUCAAUGGCACUGCUAGGGGGCUAAUGUAUCUCCAUCAAGAUUCUUGGAUGAGAAUUAUCCAUAGAGACCUCAAAGCAAGCAACAUAUUUUACACGUCGCCAGAAUAUGGAGUGGAAGGCAUAUACUCCAUAAAAUCAGAUGUAUUUAGUUUUGGUGUUUUAGUGCUAGAAAUUGUGAGUGGAAAGAAAAAUUGGGGAUUUUCUCAUAGUGAUCACCAUCUCAGCCUUCUUGAACAUGGUGUGUUGCCUGAAGCUAAACAACCUAGUUUUUUCACCGAAAGAGAUGAAUUCCCUGCUGAAAGUUCAACUAGAACAAAUGCAGACAAAUCAUCAUGCAAAAUGACCAUUACCCUUCCAGAAGGCAGAUAA